CAAAUUCCACACAGUCCAGCUCCCUGCAGUCAUUAUGGCUAAAGGGAAACGAAGAAAGAAGCCCCUCAGCAGCAUGACUAUGCUGAAAGAGGACCUUCGAGCGGAGGAGAAGAGCUCCCUUGAAGAUGGCACAGUGUUCUCAAAGUCCCUUGGGAAAGCUGAAAAGGUGAGCAAGCUAUGCGAAGCCCCUAACUGUGCCCAUGCCGCCAUCUGUUCUGUCUUUGCAAGAAACGAAGAGGACUUCAUAGAUGGUGAUGAACCAGAAGAAGGCACUCCCUACCGUGCAUGUGCCCUCCACUCUGACAAACAAGUUAAGACCUUCCGAGGAAUGAAAAUCCUCAGUAAGGUUGAGGAAAUAGUAUCCGACGAAGAGGAAUCCUCUUCAGACAAGUCAGAGGAUAUGACUGAAACCCAGGAUAUUAGCUCACUCCCAACAGUAGCU